AUGGCAAAGAUGGCAGCUAUUUCUUCCGUAGUCAAAUUAUUCAAUCCUCAAGUUGUUUCCCAAACUGGACAAACAUGCACAGCUUCGAUUAUUUUUCUCCACGGGUCAGGUGACACUGGCUUAGGUAUAAAAGAAUGGACAAAAUCAGUCAUGGGCCGAGAGAUAGCUUUUCCUCACAUAAGAGUGAUUUACCCAACAGCCCCCAUGAGGCCGUACACUCCAAUGAUGGGAAAUCCAAGCACUGUUUGGUUUGAUCGUAAGCAGAUCUCACCAUUUGUUCCUGAAGAUGAAUCAGUUCCUGACAUGUGUGAAAAACUCUCUGCGUUGAUAGACCAAGAAGUCAAAAAUGGAAUUGCUCUAAACAGAAUAAUUGUUGGCGGUUUCUCUAUGGGUGGUUGUGCUGCCCUUCAUAUUGCUUACAGAUACCGUCCAACCAUUGCUGGUGUUUUUGGUCUUUCAUGUUUCCUCAAUGAAAACUCUGAUGUUUACAAGCAUUAA